GUGUAAUGAAGAUGAAUAUUCCUUAAGCAUCCACACAAAAGUAAUAAUCUUGUACCGCAUGUCUGCUAAUUCACAAAAUUGUGGUUAGAGUCCUUUUCAUAGUAGAAUCAGACUCAAUCUAGCUGAUGUUCUGAAGCAGAGAUUGGAUAGCGGUCCGUUUUUUAUUCUGCAGGCAUUGGUUAUUGGUCGAUGUAUUGAAAACAAAGCCUCUUAUUGGCAGAGGUAUUUGAAAGGAGGUAGCUGGUUGGUUGAAAUGUGCAGAGCAGGGGACAUAGCCUUUCCUGUUCCAGUUUCCUUUUUCCUGCUAGUUUUCCUGCUCUCUACCAUGCACCUUCAGGGUUGGGCUUGAAGCUUCCUGAAGUCUCACAGGAGUUCACAGGAAUCGCCUGGAUAUUUAGUUGUGCUACUUGUGGACACAAAGUCGGAAUAACAGGGACGUAAUUGGGACGUUGGAGGGUGAAGCUUGCUUUUUUUUGGGAGUUUUUUGAAGAUCUCAGGGACGUGGACCUAGUCAUAAUCCUUCAGCUGCUUACAGUGAGUGAUCUUCAUAUGGGAAGCUUAAGUCAAAGAGGACUUCCUCUCUGCCUUCCAGGACAAUAGCGAGGGACUUUCUUGCAUGGUGCCGGCGGGUGUGUGAUUGCACAUGUGAGAACGUGUAGGUGGUGGGAGACGUGGCUGGAUGAGUUACUAGUGGCAGGAACAGGGUUGUGAGGCCGGCGUGUUGAGCAGCGCACACACCCACCCCCCCCACACACACACACGCAUUCCCAGAGCAUGCCUAUGAGUCCACCUGCCGACGGCAAACAUGAGGCUCCCGAUAGGCCGCGGCAACAACACGCCCCUACCAACGGUAACCACGGAGACGACAGCAUUCGGACCUCUCCCGGGACCAAGUCCUCCUCUACCGAAACCAUGGAUGAUCUCCACGGAAACGCUGCCAUUAUCCGCAUCGGAAUCCCCGACCUUCAGCAAACAAAAUGUCUACGUUUAGACUUGGAGGCUCCAGUGUGGGUUUGCAAGCAGCGUGUCCUCGUCACUCUGACUCAGAGUCUGACAGACGUACUAAACUAUGGCCUCUACCUCCCAGCUUUCAAUGGCAGAGCUGGCAAGUUCCUGGAUGAAGAAAGACUGCUCAGGGAGUACCCCCUCCCUACUGUCACACCUGUACCUUACUUAGAGUUCCGCUAUAAGAGACGUGUUUACACUCAGAGCCAUGUGGAUGACAAGCAAUUAGCCAAACUGCAUACUAAGGCCAAUCUAAAAAAGUUUAUGGAGUAUGUUCAGCAAAGAAAUGUGGAGAAGGUCUGCAGGUUCCUGGAGAAAGGGCUAGAUCCCAACUUCCAUGAUACAGAUAGUGGAGAGUCCCCUCUCACCCUGGCAGCCCAGUUGGACUCGAGCGCUGAUCUGAUUAAAAUUCUGAGAAGUGGAGGAGCUCACCUGGAUUUCAGAACCAGAGAUGGCAUUACAGCAUUGCACAAAGCAGUGCAGACGCACAAUGACGUAGCUCUUACUACACUGCUGGAUCUGGGUGCAUCUCCAGACUAUAAGGACAGUCGUGGGCUGACUCCUCUGUACCACAGUGCCAUGGUGGGGGGGGAUCCAUACUGCUGUGAGCUCCUGCUGUAUGACCACGCUCAGCUGGGCUACAGUGAUGAGAACGGCUGGCAGGAGAUCCACCAGGCUUGUCGCCAUGGGAACGUGCAGCACCUUGAGCACCUGUUGUUCUACGGAGCAGAGAUGAGUGCGCAGAAUGCCUCAGGAAACACAGCACUGCACCUGUGUGCUCUCUACAACCAGGACAGCUGUGCCAGAGUGCUGCUGUUUCGAGGGGCAAAUAAAGAAAUCAAGAACUACAACAACCAGACAGCGUUCCAGGUGGCCAUUAUCGCAGGGAAUUUUGACCUGGCGGAGAUCAUAAAGAUCCAUAAAACCUCAGAUGUAGACUGUCUCUCUGUCGCAGUGCCUUUCAGGGAGAGCCCCUCAUACUCAUCACGGCGCCGCGGGGUGUGUGUGUCGCCACGCCGUUCCCUGAUGCGUUCGGCCAGUGACAACGCUCUGGACGAGAGUCUGCCCGCGCCCUCGCCAGCCCCCUCCUUGCACAGCCUGCCUCCACUGGAGCCUGACGACACAUCGCCUGUCCAGCGCAGCCCACAGGGGGUGCACACACACACGCGCAGCCUCAGGAGACAGACCCGUGGACACCUCAGCCCUGGUAGUCCUGUGCAGAGGGAGCCCAGUCCCCCUGCUGUAUCGCGAGGGACAAAACGUAGACUGUACAGUGCUGUUCCUGGUCGUACCUUCAUUGCUGUCAACUCACACACUCCGCAGGGUGAGGGUGAGAUCACACUCAACCGCGGGGAGAGGGUCAAAGUGUUGAGCAUAGGUGAAGGAGGUUUCUGGGAAGGCUCAGUUAAAGGAAGAACUGGAUGGUUUCCUGCCCACUGCGUUGAGGAGGUCCAGCUGAGACAGUAUGACCCACGGCUAGAGACGAGAGAGGAUCGCACCAAGAGGCUUUUUAGGCAUUACACUGUCGGCUCCUAUGACAACUAUACCUCCUACAGUGAUUAUGUGAUCGAGGAGAAAAGUGCCACGCUACAGAAGAGAGACAGUGAAGGAUUUGGCUUUGUUCUACGAGGGGCUAAAGCUGAAACUCCUAUUGAAGAGUUCACGCCGACUCCUGCAUUUCCUGCCCUGCAAUACCUGGAGUCAGUGGACUUGGAGGGGGUAGCAUGGAGGGCAGGACUACGAACUGGAGAUUUCCUCAUAGAGGUGAAUGGGGUGAGUGUGGUAAAAGUGGGACACAGACAGGUGGUCUCUCUGAUUCGGCAGGGUGGGAGUCGUCUCCUUAUGAAAGUGGUGUCAGUAUCACGCAAACCUGACACUGGGGAUGUUGUCCGCAAAAAGGCACCUCCACCUCCCAAGAGGGACCCCAGUACCAGUCUUACCCUGCGUUCUAAAAGCAUGACUGCAGAACUGGAAGAGAUGGCGUCAAGGAGAAGGAGGGGAGAGAAGUUGGAUGAGAUGCUGAGCUCACCGAAAGAAUCCGUAGUGGUGAUGAGGCAGCGGCCCAUGGAGGCAGACUCCAGAGCAGCCACUGUGAAACAGAGACCGACCAGCCGACGCAUCACACAAGCUGAAAUCAAUAAUUUGUUUGAGAGGCAAGGGUUGCCAGUUCCUCCAGGAGUGACUUUAGGUAUAGACAAAAGUCACAUGCAGCUGCCCAGAGGAAUGUCCAGGACCAAAUCAUUUGGUGCACCAGAGGAUGAGAGAAUAUCUGCUUUGAUUGGGGAGCAUCGUUUCCCAAGAAGCUCUUCAAUGACUGACAGCUUCCGACAAGACAGCAUCCCUCCCCCUCCUCAAACUGCUCCACCUCCACCUCCGACACCUUACUUCCUGGACUCAGGUCCUCCUCCAUCUUUCUUGCCACCUCCACCCCCAACACGCACAUCCAAUCAGAGCCGUUCAAGCUUCCGGCCAGGGGCAGAACCCAAGAUUCACGGUCCAGUCACGACAGACCGUCAGCGCAAAGCUCGCUCUAUGAUUAUUCUUCAGGACACAGCCCACCUGCCAGUAGAGCCAGCUCCCAUUCCCCGGCCAGCGACACCUACCUCUGGGGCUGCUCCUCCUGAGCGCGGUCGUAGACGCGGCCAGCCUGUCGAGAACCCUUACGCCAACGUGGGCCGCUUGAGUGCAGUCUAUACCCCUGCCAAGCCCCAACGCAGGAAAAGUCCGUUGGUCAAACAAGGCCAGGUGGAGGAGGGGGCGUCUGCCCAGGCUGGUCGGGAUCCCUCUCCUCUAGGAGGACAACGAAUCCCGCACAGCAGCCGAGCCGAGCUGUUCCAGCAGCAGGUGCUCUCUGAGAGAGCCAGGAUCACACCUCCAGGGGCUCGCCGAAGGCCCAGCGUGUUCCUCUCUGUGGAGGGGAGCACCACAGAACCUCAGACUACCCCCUUGCUAUCACAGUCGCACUCUGUGGACGAACUAGCAGAACUGCCUCCACCAGCACCCAUGCUUUCCCCUGGCCCUCCACCAGGGGGUUCGACCUUUAUUCACCCUCUCACAGGACGGCCUCUGGACCCCUCCUCCCCAUUAGCACUUGCACUGGCAGCACGAGAGCGUGCCCUUAGUGGCCGGACCACGCCCACUCCAACGCCUACACCUUCGCCAUCACCCACUCAGGGUAGAGCAGUGGAGAGACCAGAGACAGAGGGAGGUGUCACACCCCCUGCUGCUCUCGAGGCCCCAUCCUCUGACACCUGGAGGGAGGAGCCUGUCAGUAUCACUACGGAAACGGCUAGUCAGGUAACCAGCGGCAGCCCAGGAUCUGGGCGAAGUUUGGAAGAGACGUUGGUUCCACCCACCGUGCAGAUUGUCCAGCCAGCGCUGAUGGACACAGAGCACAGCCAACCUGCAGUUCCGCCUUCCAUGCCUUCACCCGCCCCGACCCUCUCGACUUUAGCAGGGCGGAGUAUGACCAUGAGCUCUGAGGAGGAAGCUGAGCCCUACACAGUUACAUUACCCCCUGCACUUCUCUCAUCCAGCGAUGAAGAAACCCGGGAGGAACUCCGCAAAAUUGGCAUCGUUCCUCCCCCUCAACCCUUCGCCAAUGGCCUUCUAAUGAAGGAAGCACCCAAAGCCACUCUCAACAUUUCUCCAGGGGCAUCACGGCCUUCCAUAGCCAAGACUUCCUCUGGCAAAGCAAGCGAUUCCACGGCAGACUCCGGCGUCGAGGACCCUCACAUGGAGACCACAAGUACUGUAUCCACGGUCUCUAGUAUGUCCACUUUGUCUUCGGAAAGCACUGACUCUGCCCAUGCCAGCAAGCCACGUUGCGGGGUGGGGCGUGGCCGCCCCGCCCAUCUCAGGGACCCACUGCUUAAACAGUCAUCAGAUAGCGAGCUGCUUCCGCACCCACCCAGCACAGGCCCUGCCCGCCCACGUUACCUGUUCCAAAGACGCUCCAAACUCUGGGGCGAGGAGCCCAGGGCUCAAGUUGGCCUAGGCGAUGAUAGUAGACCUGCCGCGAUGGGAGCGGAGUUACUGAGUAAAGAUACACAUUCUCUGGGAGAGGAGCCACCAAUGGGAGCACCCCUGGACCCUGGCAGGAGAUCACCAGUGGGCGGCGCCAGAUGUGAGGAGAAUGGAGAAGAGAGUAAAUCACUCUUCAGUAGCCUUGGGGAGCUCCACACCAUCUCUCAGAGGAACUACGGCACCACUUUCACCAUACGUCCUGGUAGCCGAUAUCCAGUGACUCGCAGGACACCCAGUCCCGGAGCCACCCCAGAGCGGAGCGAACCCCUGGGGCCCGUUCGCACUUUUGGCCCUCACCACCACCAUCACCACCAUACUAUCCUCAAGUCGUCCAGCCUGAGUCUGCCGCAGGAGCCCAAGGAGGUGCGUUUUGUCAUGCGGAGUGCCAGCGCCCGUGCCCGCAGUCGCUCACCUUCCCCUUCGCCCUGCGCCUCCCCCUGUCCUUCCCCAGUACUGGGCGCCCCCCUCCUGGCCUUGAGGCCCUUCAGACAGCGUCCCCUGGCACUGUGGAGUAAGUAUGAUGUGGGCGAGUGGUUGGAGAGCGUGGGACUAGGGGAGCAUCGCGCCCGCUUCUUGGAGCAUGAGAUCGAAGGCGCCCAUCUACCUGCCCUCACCAAGGACGACUUGGCGGAACUGGGGGUGACGCGAGUGGGCCACCGGAUGAACAUAGAGCGUGCACUCAAACAGCUAUUGGAUAGUUCAGGAGCAUGAUGUGUUCUAGAGUAUACUGUUCAACAAAGUCCUUGCCAAAUUGUACCACUUUUACUUGCAGGCCACUUCCAGAUCUUCUACUCUUCUACAAACCUCAGCUAAACGUGUCCUUAGCUUCACACAGCCCCACGUUUGCUCAGUUUACAGAUUUUACUCUCAACCACCACACACUACUCUCCACUACUGAAUAUUCCAACCCACUUACUAGACUUGUUUUUUUUAACAUAACACUGACAUCCAAGCACAUUUCCGAAUCUUAAGCCCUUAUUUAAUGUCUGCAGGCCUGUCGUGCUGUGUUGUGGUCCACAGCUGCAGAUGGAAAAUCAUUAAAAUGAUUAAUGGGCAGUGAGAACCAGGGAGUAUUAGGAGUUUAUAAUUUUGAUUUUAUAGUAAAACAACUGAGAUUAUAGCCAUUUUUAACUACCAUCAUAUAUAUAAAGUCAGGAAUUGUAAGUGUGUAAUCAUGCUGAACAAAGUACAAAUUACACUUAGAUACGUGUGGGUGCUGUACUGUAAAGAAGACCAUUAUGGAUAUUUGUACCUCACACAUAUGAAUUGGGAGCAAAAAAGCCUGCAUACUUUUUAAUGCCAAUGCUUCCAAGUGCCCAGGGUUUACAGUUUAUGAUAUUAAGUCACAGAAGUGGUGGUCACAAAAUAAUGCCAUGCCGGUGGCUUCAUAUACAGAAUCUAGACUAUACAUUUAGUGUACAAGUCAGAGCGUGAAAGAGUCAAGCGACAAUCUCCCCUUAAAGGUGCACUAUGUGGAGAUGAACUUCUAAGCAUCCUUUUGCUUCCAGAGUCAGCCAUUGUUGUUGAUACACUUUUCUUGUGUGUUUUUGAUUGAACUGAUUUGAUAUUAAUUUACCAUUCAUCCAUGAUAUUCGUAACAAUGCACAUGCUUUUGUAGCAUUGAUAAAAACGUGUGGUAGGAUCUUAAAAAUUAAGAGCUCUUGGUUAUUCUUUUGACAGUUUAUGAUGUUUAGUAAACUUUAGUUUAGUAAAAAAAAAAAAAAUCCAACAUAAUGCACCUUUAAUCCUGACACAACCUUUCAUAAUACAAGCGUGGCCUUGAUAUAAUACUGCCGCCAUCUAAAUUUGAUAAAGAAGAAUAUUUUCAGUGAAUUUUAUAUGUAUAUGAUAUAUAUGGGCUUAUAUAUUCAAAGAGGAGAAUGUAUGAGUGUUAACUGAAAUAUGUGUCUUAUGCCCUGUGCGAUUGUGUUCAUUUGGUCAUAUUUUAUCUUUGUUAUAUUAAAUAUUAAGUAACGACUUAAGCCCAAACCUAGUUACUCUCUUCCCCAUAGUAUUUCUUGUGAUUUCUUAGAGCUAACAUAUCUAGAAUAAAGCAAAAACACAUUUCUUCAUUAUAGAAAUGCAUAAGUUAAAAAUGUUGAAACACCCUUCGGUUUUUGUUAUGUAUGAAUAAAUGUGAGGUGAGAUUGUAUAUUGACUAUUUAUUUAUAUCAGAGAGGCAUUUAAAUACUAUGGGGAGUAGGUAGCACUUUUUAUGUUACCUUUUGUCUUCUAUAUGGAAUAACAAGGUAAUUCACUGUCAUGAUUUAAUGAUGAUUUGUAACACUUGAUUAAUGGAAUGUUAUUUUGUGUAAUUGCUAAAUUUGGAAUUUCAUUUCAAUAUAGGCUUUGGUUGAGAUUUUGGUUCAGAUAUUACGUACAAAGGUUCUGCUACUUUAAGGGCUUAAAAAGUAAUAAUUAAAAACCAUGGUAGUAUUACAGUAUUUUUUAUGCAGAUGUGAAUUAAUACUUGGGUAGUAACAUCUCAGGAGAGAGGAAGAAUGUAUGUAUGCCAUAUUAUUGGGAUUUAUUACCAAACAAGAAAACUAGAGUCAAUUUCUAACUAUCAG